AUGCCAGCCAACCUUACAGAGGGCAGCUCACAUGCCAACCAGACUAUGCCGACACCAGACUCUUCUCCAGUAGCUUGCACUGAAAUUGUUACUUUCACUGAAGAGCUGGCGGCAGAGGAGUGGGGCUCCUUCUACUCCUCCUUCAAGACAGAACAGCUGAUAACCCUGUGGGUCCUGUUUGUCUUCACCAUUGUGGGAAACUCUGUUGUGCUGUUCUCCACUUGGAGAAGGAAAAGAAAGUCCAGAAUGACCUUCUUUGUGACUCAAUUGGCCAUCACGGAUUCCUUCACAGGACUGAUCAACAUCCUGACAGAUAUUAUUUGGCGAUUCACUGGAGACUUCCUGGCCCCAGACCUGGUCUGCAGAGUCAUCCGCUAUUUGCAGGUUGUCCUGCUCUAUGCCUCUACCUACGUCCUGGUGUCCCUCAGCAUAGACAGGUACCAUGCCAUCGUUUACCCCAUGAAGUUUCUUCAAGGAGAGAAGCAAGCCAAAGUCCUCAUUGGGAUAGCCUGGAGCCUCUCGUUCCUGUUUUCCAUUCCCACACUGAUCAUAUUUGGGAAAAGGACACUCUCCAAUGGCGAGGUGCAGUGCUGGGCACUGUGGCCAGAUGACUCCUACUGGACCCCGUACAUGACCAUCGUGGCCUUUCUGGUGUACUUCAUUCCACUGACCAUUAUCAGUGUCAUCUAUGGCCUUGUGAUCCGAACUAUCUGGAUUAAAAGCAAAGCCCAUGAGACAGUGAUUUCCAACUGCUCAGGUGGCAAACUAUGCAGCAGCUACAACCGAGGGCUCAUCUCCAAAGCAAAAAUCAAGGCCAUCAAGUAUAGCAUUGUCAUUAUCCUCGCUUUCAUCUGCUGCUGGAGCCCAUACUUCCUCUUUGACAUGUUGGACAAUUUCAACCUCCUUCCAGACACCAAGGAGCGUUUCUAUGCCUCUGUGAUCAUCCAGAACCUGCCAGCCCUGAACAGUGCCAUCAACCCCCUCAUCUACUGCAUCUUCAGCAGCUCCAUCUGCUUCCCCUGCAAGGAGCAGAGGUCACAGGACUCCAGAAUGACAUUCCGAGAGAGAAGCGAGAGGCAAGAGAUGCAGAUUCUCUCCAAGCCGGAAUUCAUCUAAACCCCGAAGCAGCAGUGCUGGGCUGAGCUCAUUCCGUCCUCCUGGGUCUCCAUCACCAGUCAGUGGAUGUGCAUGAUGCUUGAGCCACCCCGUCCCAGUCCUGUGUCACUUAGCAGAUGCAUGAGGCAAACUUCCCAGUGAGGUCAUGCCAGCUGCAAUGCGAGCACUAGCCAACAUGAAACCAUCACCUCCUCAUGUCAGCUAGGGAAGACAUUUCUCUCUUCCUAAUUUUUCCCAGCCCUCCUUCCCACAGCCCAGCUUCUUGUGAACUGAUGACACAGACAAGCAGAAAGAUCUCGAAGGGCUCUCCCUGAGUCAUCUAAUUACAAGAUUGAAAGUAAAUACAAGAAUUAACAAAGAGUAGACAGCUUUCCCCAAGUUUUGUAUUAGAAAUUUGGUGGGGAUAGAUGAGAUAUUUGCCCCUGAAAUGCCAAGAAAUUCACUUCUAAACCCUGGUACUGUACACAUCCUCUAUGUGCAGGAAGAGGUGUUGGCAGGAACAAGCUCCCAAGGCCAUUGCAUUGUGAUUUCUGAAAGGGACAGUAUAGCUUCCUGCUGAGCAAGGUCACCAUGCAGGCACAUUCUCACCUAGCAGAAAGAUCACACCAAAUAGUGAUAGAUCCUUGACCGUGAAUCCCAGAGAGAGCUGAGACCUGGAACUCACGGCUCUUUGAGGCUGUGCUGAGGCCCUUUCCCUUCCUGUAGUCAACAUCCAAGCCACUCUGAGCUCCAUUCCACACACCUCGGGGACAUUUCUGCCCAGCUUCACUCUCAGAAACCUCUUCACCUUGGAGUUAGCUCUACGGCCUUCCCAACAUGAUGUUCUUGCAAGCUCUUUGCUG